AUGUUUCUCGUAGUACCCGUUCUAUGUUAUGCUCUCUUGGCUGCUGCUGCAGACCCCGAGGUUCAACUGGGCAACACGACGCUCAUUGGAAGAGAUGUUACAGGAUUAGAGCAAGAAUUCUUUGGAGGUAUUCCAUACGCUGAACCUCCAGUUGGAGCCUUGCGUCUGCAACAUUCUGUAUUGAAAAACACUAUUGAUGCCGAUGAAUUCAAUGCUCAGAAUUUUGGACUAGCUUGUUUUCAACGCGAACAACAGAACGUCGCAACCGAUGAGAUCUCGGAGGAUUGUUUAACUAUUAACAUAUUUCGGCCGAAGGGGGCGUCCUCUGAAGAUCCUUUGCCUGUUAUGACCUAUGGUGGCGGUUUCUCCGGAGGCGCUUCGUCGUCUUAUAAUGGAAGCUAUAUUGUUGCUCAGAGUGUUGCCAGAGGUACUCCCAUUAUCUAUGUGAACUUUAAUUAUCGGCUAGGACCACUGGGCUUCCCUCAAGGACAGGAGGCCGACGACAGAGGACAACUCAACCUGGGAGUCAGAGAUCAGUUAACUGCUCUGCAAUGGGUCCAAGAGAAUAUUGGCGUGUUCGGGGGCGAUAAAACCAAGGUUACGAUUUUCGGAGAAAGUGCUGGAGCAAUGUUGACGAACCUGCUGCUUCUGAACGCAUCGAUUUCUGACCUCGCCAGGGCUGCGAUCAUGGAGUCUGGUUCUGCGUCUUCGCCUGUAAUUUAUAAUGCAUCUACACGAGAAUCUACCUGGCAGUAUUUCGUAGGAGGGACGCCCGGUUGUGAAUCCGUCGCUGGCACGGAUAACACUUUUGACUGCCUGCAGGCGGUGAAUUCGUCUGCUAUCUAUCAAGGGUUUUUGGAGGCGUACGAGUUGGCCAUAGAGGAUAUGGCAUUUUAUCCCGCGCUGGACGGUCCUUCGGGUACUAUUCUUCCAGAUCUUCCUACCAAUCUCUGGGCGAAGGGACAGUUUGCUACGAUUCCGUUCAUAUCGGGCACGAACCUAGAUGAAGGGACUGGCGGCUUACCAACGAAUACCACUUUCAUCGAUGAGGCUAUCAAGGAUUACAUUCAGACUACCUACUCUGCGUUCCCACCUUACCUCUCUGAUGAGAUCCUGGACCAGCUUCUCGAGUUGUACCCGGACGACCCGUCCUUGGGCUCUCCAUAUAACACCGGAAAUCAGACUUUUGGGUUGCCUUCAGGCUGGAAGAGAGUGGCAUCCAUAACUGGGGAUUUGACCUUUGACGCUCAACGUCGGACGUGGACUCAGACCGCUGCCCAGGCUGGCGUGAAAGCAUACGGGUACCAGUUCACGCAGAAUUCAUCGUUGUUCGAGGCCUCUGAAGGAGUUCCUCACACAGCUGAAGUAGACUUUGUCUAUGGACGACUGGAUUCCUCCAGCACGUCUGCUUCAUUGCUGCUGUUGAGUGAAAUGAUGAUCGAUUAUUGGGUUUCGUUCGUCACGAGUUUGGAUCCCAACGAUGGUUUAGGGACGUCUCGUCCCUUCUGGCCACAGUACACGCCGGAGAACGAGGUGCUGUUACAACUGAACAUUGACAAUAUGACCGUCAUUCCGGAUGACUAUCGGAAGGAAGCGAUUGAGUUCCUUAAGGAUAACGCCGACGCUUUUCACCGGUAA